AGUUUCCACCUUCCACUACUGAAUCCAACCGAGUGACCCACUCUCUCUCUCUCCUCUAUUCCCAACUGAAAAAAUUGAAAUGAUUUCAUAUCCCUACACCAAACAGAAAUAGUAGUAUCAUCUAUCAAAAUGAAACACUAAAAUCAUCUCAAUCUCGUUUCCUUCAAAAACCCCCCACCCAAUUCCUCUCAUUUUUCACUUAGAUCCAAACCCAAACCCUACACGGAUCCGAAUCGAUCACCAUGUCUUGCUUAGCUCUUUCUCUCCAACCCGCUAACGGAUCCGAUAUCCUCCUCCAGACCCGCGAGUGGUUCCCACCCGCACGCGCCCUCGUAGCUCUCUCCUCCUUCCGCCAAACCCGCCAAGCCUUCGCCGCCGCCAAACACCACCACAACAACCACCCCUCCGCCACGUCAGCUACGACCUCCUCCGAUGCUGACGCCGACUCCAUCGCCUCUCUCGGCGACGAUCCUCUCGCCGCCUCGAGCGGCCAGCUCAUCGUCGGAGUGGAAAGCCGGUACCGCGUUGUGUACCGUCUCGUGAACUCGAUCUACGUGCUCGGAAUCACCACCGCCGAUCAGGACGACGAUAAGUCCUCCGUCAACGUCUUCGAGUGCAUCCACAUCGUCAACCAAGCCGUCAGCGUCGUCGUCACGGCCUGCCGCGGCGUCGACGUGACUCCGGAGAAGCUCAGCCGUAAGUACGCCGAGAUCUACAUGGCUCUCGACAUCGUCCUCCGCGGCGUGAGCAGUAUCCGCCUCGCUGCGAUGCUCGGAUCGAUGCACAGCGAUGGUCUCGCCAAGAUGGUCCACUCCGCACUCGACACCGAGAGCAAGAUCCGCGGCGCCGAUAAUUGGACUAAUCUGGAGCCGCAUUCUAUCGAUCACGAAGCGGGCGUGGAAUCGUUUUCGAACGCCCGCUUUGAAUUGCCGCCGGAGACGCUUGCGGCCGGGGACGAGGUCGUGGCAAGCCUCGUGCCAAUGGCGCAGACCGAUCAGCAGCAAGAACAGCCGCAGGAGGAGGCGCCUGUGGCUGAGAAAGACCCGUUCGCGGCGAGUGAAGCCAUUAACAAGCCGCAAGAGCUUGUGAGUGGGUUUAAGAAGAACAAAGACCCGUCCGCCACGGAUUUAACGCUGGCAUUGUCGGGUCUUGAGGUUACUACAUUGCCUCCGGCAGAGGCGACACAAUCUACGUAUAUUGGAGUUGAGGGAUUCGAAGGGGAUUAUGGUGGAGUUGAGUAUAGCAAUGAGAAGGCAAGUUUGGAUGAUGCAUUUCAAGGAUUCAAUGCUCCUUUUGGUGGAGGAUUGGAUGCCUCGGAGUUUUUGGCUACCACGAAAGUUGAUAAGCCUCAAGGGCUUGGUGGGCUUGAAUUGUUGCAUACUAGUGAUGCACCAGUGGCAGCUGGUGCUGCUGGUGGAGCUAAGAGUCCACUUGAGGAUUUGGUGACGAAAACGGAACAGAAGGGUCCAGAGAUGUACAUUGUGGAAGAGAUUAGUGCUGAGUUCAGAGAAUCAUUGCUUGCUAGAAUAGGAUUGAUGGGUGUGGUUUAUUUGAAAACAUUGCCAACCAAAGUGUCUGGUGAUAAAGAAACUGAGUUUUCAUUCCGGGUGGAGGGUGUAAAUGCUGUUAAGAGAUUUGUUAUGCAGAGUUCUCGUGUUAGUAGUCUCGGGAAUGGGAUGUUUCAUGUAAGGACAGUGGCUUCGGAUGAGCCUAUACCGAUUUUGAAGUAUAGUUUGCAACCUAGGUUGACUCCAUUGCCAUUGAGGGUUCGGCUUGUAAAACGUCAUACCGGGACUUUACUUUCUGUGAUGAUACAAUAUGUUUCGAGUCCCGAAUUGCUAACACCAUUGUGUGAUGUAACAUUUGUUUUGAAACUACCGGUUGACCCUACAUUGUUGAAGGUGUCUCCAAAAGCUAUGUUGAAUAGGUCUGAGAGAGAAUUGAAAUGGUAUGUUUCCGAGAUUCCAGUGAAUGCUCCUCCUGGACGGUUGAGGGUGAGGAUGCCCGUGGAUUCUAUUGAGGAAGAUGAAGAGAUUGAGGUUGUUUGUUAUGUGAAGUUUUCAGUACAAGGAGCUAGAUCAUUGUCUGGGGUUUGCCUACGGCCUACUUCUGAGGGUAAGACAGACUUUUACGAGGUUAGUCACAAGUUUGAGAGUGGGAUAUAUUUGUGCAAUUGAGCUAUCAAUGAAAUUGUUUACCUUUUGUUGUACUUCUUUUUUGAUUCCUUUUGUUCAAGGGGGUGUAUGGUCUUAACAUGUGUAUCAUUCUUUGAUUUCAAGCUUGUAACUUAGAUUCAGAGUUAUGCGAUUUGUUUGUGUUUUUGUGUUAUAAGCUAUUGUGCUUUCUCAAUGGAUAUUAUUCAUUA